CCCUUGGUUCCCGCCCACUGGCCCUGCUGCCAAUCACCUGUCCCGGCGCGCAGCCGCGGCGAUUCCAAAGGGCACUCCGGGCUGCGGGCGGAAGCGCAGAAGCCCGCCGCCCGCAGGGAUGGAGGGGGCAGAGGCUGGCGCGCGAGCCCGGGCGCUAGAGGCCCUGGCCAAGCUGGCAGACAUCCUGGAGCCCAUUGGCCGGCAAGAAGAGGCGGAACUGCCGGCCCAGAUCCUGGCGGAGUUUGUGACGGACUCCCGCAAGAAGGACAAGCUGCUCUGCAGCCAGCUUCAGGUAGUAGACUUCCUGCAGAAUUUCUUGGCUCAGGAGGACGUUGUCCAAGGACUAGACCCCCUGGCUUCUGAAGACACCAGCCGGCAGAAGGCACUUGCAGCCAAGGAGCAAUGGAAGGAGCUGAAGGCCACCUACCAAGAGCAUGUAGAAGCCAUCACAGGUGCCCUGACCCAGGCCUUGCCCACGAUGGAGGAGGCUCAGAGGAAGCGGGCGCAGCUCCUGGGAGCCCUGGAAGAGCUCCAGGCCAAGAAGCAGGUGGCCACCGAGAGACUGAGGGCAGCCCAGAAGCAGUGGCAGCUGCAACAGGAGAAACAUCUGCAGCAUCUGGCAGAAGCCUCUGCAGAGGUGAGGCAGCGGCAGAGAGGGAUGCAGCAGGAGCUUGAGCGGCUGUCUCAGGAACUUGGAAGACUGCAGGAGCAGGCGGGGCAGAAGCAGGACACGCUUCACAGGCACCAGGCCUUCCUCCAGCUGCUACAAACUCUGCAGGGUCAGCUGCCAUUCCCCGAGGCAGAGGCAGAGCUGCCACGGAAGCUGGAUCUUCCUGAGGCUGAGCCCCAGGAGCAGAACCCUGGGGCUAUCAUGGGGAAGGACAGGAGUGUGCCAUCCAAGGCUGAUGGCCCACAGCCUGCUGGAGAUGCGAGCUCGCCUGAGCUUCCUGAGGGACAACAACAUGGGAAAGGAACCUAGAUCAGGUCAGACUCCAGCUCAGGCCUUCGUGUCCCUGGACUGCAGUAUAUCCGGCAUGCGAACAGCCCUGUGAAGGCAACCAGAGACGCUUUGAACAUUGCAUUUGCCGUCACGAAGUGAUCUUUCAAAAAUCCACUUGAAAUACAUGGAACAAGAGAAUGAAGGCCUGAGAGAAGCAAAUGAAACUCUUGUGGUUUAAUCAUAACAAACAAUUCGAGUAUCCUUUGAGCACAGAUUUCACUAACAGUGUAUGACAGUAGGUUUUAUAUUGUGAAUUUAAAUGCAAGCUUGCUGCAAUGUUAUGGUGUCCCCUAUUCUAAUUGUCUGUGAGCCCUGUGGGUGUGAAUUGUUCUGUGUAGGAGUUACCACCACUGACCCUUCUCAGCCCCACUUGCAGAACAGACGUCUGGUCAACCCUGGCUUUUCCCUGACGCCCAUAAGUAUGGAAGAUCACCUCCCUCGUGCCCCAGUACCCUGUUCAGCUACUCCCAGUUGAUAGACCUUGGCAUGUAAGAAAAAUAUUUCUGCUCUGCCUACUAAAAUAUGUUGAAAUCAGCAUAACAUAUAUAUGUUAUAUAUCUACAUACACACACAUGCUCCAGAAAUAUGUGAAGUGGGGAGCUAAUUCCCUGGAAUUAAUCCAGGGGAUGUUUGGAAAUAGUGGGAUGGGAAACAGGCCUUUGUAAAAGGUACAAAACGGCGUUUUGUUGGGGAAUUGUAGAGUGAGGUAAACUAAGCAGGAUUCCACAUCCAGGGUAAGUAGGGUAACAAAGGACCGUGCGGAGGAGCUGUGAAGGUGUGAUGUGGCCACAGGAAGGCUGUGGUCUGUGGUGUGACUGGAGGGCGUUAGAGGCCGUUGGUUGGACAAAGGGCGCUGAGUGACAUCCUCAGAUGUUCGAAAUUUAGAGACAAAAGCAAAUAGAUGUUGAAACUUUGAACCUUUAUCUGCUUGUCUUCCUAUUGAUUUUGUCACCUUCCAGGUUAUCUUCUCAGGGAAAAUAGCAGAUUUUUUUCGGUUCACAAUUUUUAAACAGAUUAAUGGUCAAUCCUUAGGUAAUAAACAUUUAAUGCUUUUAGGCAUUAACUGGUUAGAUAGUAUUGUUACUAUUUGUAGACUAAGUAGCUGAGGAUCAGGUGCUUUCCCUAAAGAAAAACAAUUGCAGCAACAGCCGUGAUAUUCGGGGCCAGUAUGCUCUGUUUCUUCCCUCAUGUCAUCGUUGACACACACACACACAGACUCACUGUAAUGACCCAGAUAUGUUAUCUGGGAAGACAUAGAGCUAAACCUUUAGUUCUUAAAAUUUGAGGUGCAACAGAGUCACCUGGAGGCAUUUCUUAAAACGUUGAUUUCAUUUGUCUCUCUGGAGGUUCUAACUCCCAGUGGCUGGUUUAGAUUUUGCAUUUUUAACAAACACCUCCAGUGAUUAUGAUGCACUGGAUUUAGGGACCGUUUUGUGAGAAACACUUCACUCUUUCCCAUCGAGACUUCCGCAUAUGUUGUAUUAUCAGUUUGCCGGGUUGUCCUGGAGACCAUGAAACAGUGGACCCACCCAUUUUGAACAGGGCUGGGGCCCCGGACGAGCUGGAAGUGAUGUGGGGAUGGGGGCGGGGUUGUGUCACGGCAGAGUCUGAAGUGGGAGGAGAGGGCGGCGGAGGGGAGAGCAGUGAGGGCUGAAGGGAAACAUGUGCUGUGGGGGGUUCCGGCCCACCUGUGUGCCCGGCACACGAGCCCGGAGGGCAGACGGGACAGUGGAGGACACGUAUCCCUCCUGGUCCUGUUCCCAUGGAAAGCAAACUCAGGAAAUGAAAAUGUUGAUCUAUGAAGAGAUAAAUUGCCUAAGUUUAUUAUAAAUACACUUUUAUGAAUUGUGCCCCAGACCCACAGCUGAGCUCAUUUCCUACCGUCCUGUGGCGUCAGGUGAGGUCCUGUGUCUGGACUUCAGCUAAGAUGGGGACAGCAGUGUGACCUCAGGCCUGGCUCGUGAGGACCCCGAGGCUGGCUGACUGGGGAGGAUGCUGAGGUGGCGGGGAAGGGGACGACAGUGGAGGGGCCUGGCUCCUGGGGACAGCUGUGAGUCAGGAACAGACUUUCAUAUUCAAAGAGCCACUGAGGCUUGGAGGUGGUUUUGUUAGAAGCUGACACCUUAUGGAUCCACUUCUGGUUUCUGCAGCCAAACUUAUCUGGAAAACCCCUUAACUUUUGGUGAUAAUUAAACAUUCACUAGACUAGAAAAGCUGCUGCUCAGAGGAUCUCCAGGUCAAGUAAAUAAAAGUUUGCAGGCAGCAAAUGGAAUGCUGGUCAAAGGCAGCGUAGUAGUUGGAUGAAGUUGUCUGUUGCCCGCAUAAAGAUGCAGUGGGUUACCACAAGCUUCACUCGCUGUCCUGCAGUCUCUCCCGCUUGUGCUGAAACCUCAAGACAUGCCUGAUCGGAAGAGACGGAUGCUGAACUGUUCAGAGCGGAAAACAUACAAGUCCUACAAUUACCCCGUGUUUUAGGAAAGCUGAGCAGUUUGAAUAAUUUUGCCUCCCACUUGGAAAGGAGUCCAAAGUUUAUAAACCCUCCUAACGUGAGUUUUAAGGUGACCGAUGAGUCCUUCCUGAGCUGCUUCUGCUCUAGACACCAGGCAGGAGGUUUGUGAUCUGCUCAGCGGCAGCCCGUAAGCCUGAGAUCGCUGAGCCCCGUCAUUCUGAGCUGGAAACACCUUAUGCUUGUGGCCUCCCGUUUGCUUGUUGGCUCGGUGGCUGCGUGUCCUUGGCCGUGAGGCGGUCAGGCACGCUCGUGCGACGCUUUGUGCCCCUUUACUUCUCCCCUUGCUGCGGUGCUUUUUUUAUUGCUGGUUGCUGGUCUCCUUACUCCAGCCCCAAGAAUCUGUGAGAUGCUGGGGAAUUGCCAUCAUGAGUGGUUCUCAGAAGGUGUGCUUAGCGGUACCUGCAACAUCCUAAAUCCGUGUUGCGGUUUUGGAUUCAAGUGCUCUUGAAGAGUUCAUGCUCCAAUGGGAAGUUAAAAGCUGUGAUGAUUUCCUCUUACCUGCUUUCUAAUUUUCAGAAGCCACGUGUCACAUGUCACAUUUUAAUACUGAGUUUGUAAUUACUUCCCCGGCGCCUCUGUGCCCUCACCUCACCCCCAGGCAAACACGCACACAUGGGGCAGAGAGCUCUUUAGGGUGAUGAGAGUUUGGGGGUGGCCAUUUUUCCUCGUUUCUGUUCCUGAAUUCAUUGGUCUUGAAGACUGUUUACCUAUGAACAACAUCUUCUAAUAUUGUCUUUUAAAAAAAAGAUUAAUCUCCAACAGUUGUCAUCUUUUUGUUAAAAGUAUAAUUAAUAAAAGUGGAAAUGUAGGUUUUCAACAUUAUGGUGUUUUAAUCUAAUCUCUGAGUAUCUCAAGAUAACUGAGUUGCCAUAGCAACCUGUUAGAUGUGCAAACGCAAGAAAACUUUAAACAAGAAAUGUUUCGUUAUUAUGUUAAUCACCAUACAUCAUUAGUUUUUUUAAACACUUUUUAUUGUUAUGUUAAUCACCAUACAUUACAUUGUUAGUUUUGGAUGUAGUGUUCCAUGAUGCAUUGUUUGCGUAUAACACCCAGUGCUCCAUGCAGAACGUGCCCUCGUUAAUACCCAUCACCAGGCUAACCCAUCCCCCACCCCCCUCCCCUCUAGAACCCUCAGUUUGUUUCUCAGAGUCCGUCGUCUUUUGAUUGUAUCUGUUCCUAAUUGGUAUUCUCUCAUCUCCAGUAUUUCCACUGGAUGUUUUUAUAACACUUUAAUGGAGUAGAUAUUUAUCAGCAGUUAGAAGUUGUUUUAUAGACAGUAAAACUAUUACAACUUUAUAAUUUUUAUCUUAAAAAUAUGAAAUACAUCUGCAGUACUUUGACAAACCUUUGAAAAGUUGUACUUACCAUAGCUAUAUUUGGCAUUUCUCAGAGCAGAGAAGAUUUGCUCCUCUACCUCCACACCCUGAACACGGGUCCCACCUGGCCCUCACCGUUUUACGAAGCGCCGUGCUAACAUUGCUAAUUUUGUGCUUUGUCUUCAUUGUGUGUUAUUACUACAGAAUACACUGCCUGUUGCAUGAUAGGUAUCCAAGGGUUGUUUCUUUGCUUGUUCUUUUGAUAACUUUUGAACCUUAUGUCUCGGGGGCUUGGACUGGGUUCAAGCCAGGCACUCUGUCAAGAUCCAUAAAUGACCUGGGGCAGAUGGAAAUCUUCAAGGAAAUCUCCAAAUGAACGAGGGAGGCUUGUUCAUGCUACAGUGAAACACUUUGAAAUAUAUAGGUAUUGCAAUUUUUAUUUUUGUUGUUGGUGGAAAAACCUACAUAACAAAAUUUACCAUUUUAACUAUUUAUAAGUGUACAAUUCAGGGGCAUUAAGUACUUUCAUGCUGUUGUACAUCCAUCACUGCCAUCCACCUCCAGAACAUUUCCAUGUUCCCAGGCUGUAACUCCUUCCCCAUGAACCAGUAACCCACUCCAGGGACCUCGUAUAAAUAGAAUCAUGCAAUACCUGGUCCUUUGUGACUGGCUCACCCUUGGCACAGUAUUUUCAACGUCAGACUUCCUUUAUUAAGGCUGAAUAACAUUCUGUAUGAAUAUACCACUUUUGUCUAUUCAUCUGUCAGUGGAUGCUUAGGUUUCUUUGCCUUUUGGCGCUUGUGAACAGUGUUGCUAUGAACAUGUGUAUACAGAUAUCCAUAUAGGAGUCCCUGCUUUCUCUUAUUUUGAGAUUCCAGAAGUGGAAUUGCCGGAUAGUAUUGGGUAAGCCUAUGUUUGAUUUUCGGAGAAACUACCAUACUGUUUUCUACAGUGGCUACACCAUUUUAUAUUCCCACCAGCUGUGCACAGAGGUUCCCGUUAUUCCACGUCCUCACCAAAACUUGUGUUCUAGGGGUUUUUUUGGUUUGUUCUUGGUAAUAGCCACCCUAAUGGGUAUGAAGUGGUAUCUCAUUGUGGUUUUGAUUUGCAUUUCCCUCUCAGUUACCAGUUACCAGUGUUGAGCAUCUUUUCAAACACUAGUUGGUCAUUUCUUAAUAGAAAUGCCUGUUCAGUCCUUUGACUAUUUCUUAAUCAGGUUGUGUGUUUUUUUGUUGUUGAAUUGUAGGAACUCUCUCUGUAUUCUUGAUAUUAAUAGCUUAUUAGAUAUAUGCAGGAAUUUUCUCCCAUUCUGUGGAUUACUUUUUUAUUCUUGAUUAUGUCCUUGAUGUACAGAUCUUUUUAAAUUUGAUAAAAUCCAGCUUACCUAUUUUUUUCUUUUGUUGCCUUGCUUUUGGCGUCAUAUCCAAUAAAUCGUUGCCAAAUCGAAUGUAGUGAAGCUUUUCUCCUAUAUAUUCUUCUAUAAGUUUCAUAGUUUUAGUUCUUUAGGUAAAGACUUUGAUCCAUUUUGAGUCAUUUUGUAUGUGGUACACGUUGAGUCUAAAACUUCAUUCUUUUUUGCAUGUGGAUAUCCAGUUUUCCAACACCAUUAGUUGGAAAGAGUCCUUUCCCUCUUGAAUGGUUAUGACAGUACUGUCGAAUAUUUUACCAUACACACGAGAGUUCAUUUUUUUGUAAUGUUGCUAAAUUUGUUUAUUAGUUCUAACGGUUUUUUUUGUAUGUGGAAUCUUCAGGGGUUUCUGCAUAGAAGGAUAUGUCAUCUGUGAACAAAGAUCAUUUUACUUCUCCCUCUUUUAUUUGGAUACCUUUUAUUUCUUUUCUCGUCUCAUUACUCUGGCUGGGACUUAAGAUUUCUGUGUUCAAUAAGAGUGGGACGAGUGGGGACCCUUGCCUUGUACCUGAUCUUAGAAGGAAAGCUGUCACGUUUUUACGUUUGAAUAUGCUGGUUGCCAUGUGUUUUUCCUAUAUGGCCUUUAAUGUGUUAGUUUUCUUGUAUUCCUAGUUUGUUGAGUGCUUUUAUCAGGAAGGAUUGUUUUAUUCUGUCAAAAGCUUUUUUUUUUUUUGCAUCAGUGGAGAUAGUCAUGGGGUUUUUGCUUUCAUUCUGUCAAUGUGGUGUAUGUCCUUGUUUGAUUUUCAUAUGUUAAACCAUUUUUGCAUUCCAGGAAUAAAUCCUACUUGGUUUGUGAAUAGUUCUCUUAAUAUAUUCUUGAAUUUUGGUUUGAUGGUAUUUUGUUGAAGAUUCUUGUAUCAGUGUUCAUGAGAAAUAAUUGGUCUGUAGUUCUGUUGUUGGUUUUCUUUGUCUGGCUUUGAUAGCAGGGUAAUGCUAGCUGCAUGGAAUGAGUUAGUUCAGGCUGCUAUAACAAAAAUACCAUAAACUGGUGGCUUGUAAACAACAGAAACUUAUUUCUUACAGUUCUUGAGACUGGAAAAUCCACGAUCAAGGUGCCAGAAGAUUCAGUGUCUGGCAAGGGUCCUCUUUCUGGUUCAUAACCAGCACCUUCUCAUUAUGUCCCGACAUUGUGGAAGGAUGAGGGAGCUCUGUGGUUUUCCUUUAUAAAGGCACUAAUCCCCUUCACAAGGUCUCCACCAUCAUGACCUAAUCACCUUUCAAGGACCCCAGCUUUUAAUACCAUCCUUGGAGGUUAAGAGUUUCUACAUGUGAAUUUUGGGGGGACACAAACAAUCUAUAGCAGAAGUGUUUCCUCUUCAGUUUUUUGGAAGAAGUUGAAAAGGAUUGGCUUAAUUCUUUUUUAACUGUUUGGUAGAAUUCAUGGAAGACACCCUCUGGUCCUGGGCUUUUCUUUGUUGGGAGGUUUUGAUUCCUGAUUCAAUCAUCCUGUUCAUUAUAGAUUUAUUCAGAUGUAUUUCUUCAUGAUUCAGUCUUGGUUGUGUGUGUGUGUGUGUGUGUGUGUGUGUGUGUGUGAAUGUUUCAGUGAGGGAAUUAGGACCUGGAACUUCUUAGUCUACCAUCUUGCUGGCAUCCCUCUCUACUACAUUAUCUUUACAUUGUGGUACUGUCCUGUAAAUCAUUGGCGGUAGUACAGAGUGGUUCAUGCAAUGAGAGCUUCCUUUUCUUGGUUUCCAGCAAGUGUUCUCUCACUUUUGCACUGUUACAUAUGUAUGAUUGCACCCCUAAAAUCAAUGAUUCAUGGAUAUCACGGUCGUGCUGUGAUUAAAGUCUGUAUUUUACACUCUAGGUACAUGUCUUAGUGCAGAGAGUGGUGACCCUGCUUUUGAGAAGUAUGGGUUUGUGUUCCAAACCUGGUCAUAAACAGCACUCAUAUUUUAGUGAAUUAUCUGUAAAAUGAGAAUGUUAAAGUAAAUGAUAUUUAAAGGCUCUUUUAUAUCUAGUUCUCUCUGUUUCUAUAAUGUAGAUAGCAAUUUAAAUUUUGAAACUAUGUAAGUGAGCCUAAGAAUAUUUUUAUGUGUACCUACUCAGGAGUACAUCUACCUGAAACACUUUGGAUUAGGUCAACAGGUAGCCCUUAUGAAAAUAGUGAAGAGGGCCCUGGGAUAAAUUAUUGGGACCUAAGAAAAUCAGACUCCUAAAUCAACGUGCACUUGCCCCAGCCUUUCAGAGGGUGUUGUAGGUUGUCCGUGAACUUUACCCUGAGGGUAAAAUAGAACACAUCUCUGGACAUUUUCCUGGAGGAAAUGUUCAUUGUUGGCAGGGAAGAUCUUUGGAGAAUAACAGUAUGUGAUACAUCUCCAAUACCCCUUGAUUUUGUCCUAGGAGAAUAUGGUUCAAGUUCUUUAAUAAAUGGGGUUAUAAGAAUGACAGAAAAAGCCCCCACCCUUGCUGUAAAUAAGAAAAUAUGGAAGGAAAAAAAGACAGUAAGAACUCCAAUGUCAAUAGAAAGAGAAACUAGGGGCACACCUGGGUGGCUCAGUCGGUUAAGCGUCUGCCUUCGGCUCGGGUCGUGAUCCCGGGAUCUUGGGAUCCAGUCCCGCAUCGGGCUCCUUGCUGUGUGGGGAGCCUGCUUCUCCCUCUGCCUCUGCUCCUUCUCCGGCUCAUGCUCUCUCUCUCUUGCUCUAGCUUGCUCUCAAAUAAAUAAAAUCUUAAGAAAAAAGGAAAGGAAACUAGGUUCAUAAAGGUGGAAGAAACUAUAUGGUGUUUGCAUGCAAGAUCCAUCCAGAAAACUCACAAACUGGCCAUUCAAACAUGAGAGAAAAUAAGAUUGCUUUAAUAUUGCUUAUUGCCUAAAAAAUCAUUAUUGGCUAUUUUAGGACUUGAGGCCUAUGUGUUUAACACUUCUAUGAAGAAAAUUUGUGUACACAAAAGGAGAUUCUUCUUUAUUUUCAGAAAUCAUAGCUCGGAAAAUACAACAAAUACACUUGAGGUUUCUGAAAGCAAACAAAAUUCUAUAAACACUCAGUUUACUUUAGAUGUUAAAAUGUACUGUUUGUGAAUAAUAGCCACAAAUAUUUUUUUGGCCAAUAUGCUUUUCUGUUUGCUUAUAAAUUAUACGUAACUGAAGAUGGUUACACUUUAUAAAUGUCUAAUGUGCGUUGCCAUUUAUAUGAUGUUGUUUCUUUAUGCUAUUAAUAAAAUGUGCAGUGCCACUGUCUUCCAUUAUUUUCAGAUAUUUCUUUAGUUCACAUUUUCACACUUAUGAUACUGUUAAUUUAUGUUUUUUCGGCUCAUGAAUGUCAAUAAUGACAGAGAAAAGAGAACUGAAGAAUAAUGAAAAUGGUGAAG